AUGGCUUCAGCAACGACGCACGCAGAGUUUGGCAUUCGUACAACAGCCUUGACUGUUGCCGCUGCUUUCCCCUCUGUUAUCGCAAACAAGACGAUUCUAAUUACAGGCGUCAACAUCAAGGGGCUUGGCUUUGCCACCGCUCAGGCUUUUGCCUCGCAAAAAGCCGAGCUCCUCAUCCUCGCGGGCCGUACUCCGGCCAAGCUGCAAGAAUCCGCCGAUACCUUGGCCAAGGAAUAUCCCGGCACCAAGUUUCGCAUACUAGAGCUAGAUCUCAGCUCUCAAAAGGGCGCCAGGGCAGCCGCUGCUACGCUAAAUGGAUGGACUGACAUAGCCGCCAUCGACAUCCUUGUCAACAACGCCGGCAUCAUGAAUAUACCCACACGCCAGCUCAACGAAGAUGGCAUUGAGCGGCAUUUUGCGACAAACCACGUUGGCCACUUUCUCUUUACGAACUUGAUCAUGGGGAAGCUGAUUGCGGCCGCACAAAAGCCCGAUGCUGUUAAGGGUGCCACCCGAAUCAUCAACGUAUCUUCCACGGGCGCCAACUUUAGCCCGAUCCGCCAUAGCGAUAUCAACUGGGAAAAAGUAAACGAAACGAUACCUCCAGUUGAACAGCCUGACUAUCAGCGGUUUUCACAAAUGCUGGGCAUUGACCAAGAUGUCAUCAAGGCGGACAGUUACAUCUCCUUGGGAGCCUACGGACAGUCCAAGACAGCCAAUGUGUUGUUCAGCCUUGGUCUCAACGAGCGUCUAUACCACAAGUAUGGCAUCCUAAGCUUCAGUGUGCACCCUGGCACAAUCAUCACUGAGCUUGGGCGAGAGAUGGACCCCGAGGUAUGGAGGCAGAGAACAGAAAAGUUCAAAAAGGCAGGCAUGGCGUUUAAGGAUCAGUACCAAGGUACUAGCACAACUUUGGUAGCUGCUGUGGAUCCAGCACUGACGCUGCCUACAAAGAGGCCUCUUGCAAGCGAGGACGAUUUAGCAAAAACUGGCAAGGAUUUGAAAGGGGAAGAUGGGGAGUGGGAAGGCAGGGGCGUGUUCUUGAGUGAUUGUCAGAUUUAUGAAGAUUCAAAGGUGUGGUUUACGAGCUGGAGCCAAGGAGAGAAGCUUUGGGCAAAGAGCGAGGAGCUUGUUGGCGAGCAAUUUGCCUUUUAA